AUGAACAAGGUAGGCCUGAAUUGCAGGUACCCGGAUUCCAAUGCUAGCCAACUCUACUCCGCCGGGAAGAUCCGCGAACUAGAGGCUCGAUUGGCCUUGUAUGAAUCUUCGGGCUCUCAAGGAGAGUCAGGAAGAUCUGAUAUAGACUCGCCGUCUACGCGAACUGUGUCCUCUCAACAGGUUAUUGGCAUCCCACCGUCAGAUCCAGAACACACUGUACAGCGUAUCACUACCGAGCGCGAUAUCGGCUCAAGCCAAGACUUCGGAAACCGAGUACAGACUUUGUUUGAACAGAGAUCAGUCCAAUCUCCAGCAUUUAUCCGACCACCUUGUAAAUCGACAAGAGAAAGUCUUUUUCCCUCGAAGAGACCACCUCUCAAAGUGAAACAAACCCCUGGCACUCUUUACCCCAUCCCCAAUCUUCCGUCCGAGGAAGAAGCCUAUCAACUUCUUGACAGUGUUUUAUUCUACUUCAGCGAAACGCAGCACCUCUUCGAUGCCCGUGAGGCUUCUGACCAACUAGCUAUAAUCUAUGAAGAUCCGCAAGAUCGUGUUGAAAAUCCUAGCAUUGGAUUUCUGCAGGCACUGCUGAUAUUCGCUCUCGGGAGAUUACUUCGGGGCGAAUCAGACGGGUCAAACUCUCCUCCCGGCUUUGCAUUGUUCAAAUAUGCACUGGAUCUCCUACCAUGUCCUUCGGAGCUACGGGCUCACGGCGUAGCCGGAAUUGAAGUUCUCGCUAUCACUACUGUCUAUCUGCAAAACAUCGAUCGAAGAGACGAUGCAGCUUCUUAUAUCGGCCUCGCUAUUCGCCUAGCUAUGUUGCACAGGCUGCAUCGAAAGCAGACAAUGCAAAAGCUACGUCGAUCCGAGGCGACCCACGCAAGUCGAUUGUGGUGGACCGUUCACAUGCAGGACAAGCGUUCAAUGAUUUUGAAUGGAUGUCCACUUGCCCUUGACGAUAAAUUUGUGGACACUUCUCUGCCUGCUGAUGCACCUGGAUUUCCAAAUCCAUUUGCGCUACAGAUCAACCUCGAGAUAGCCCAGAUACAAACGAGAAUUUACUCAGUUAUCUACAGCCAGGAAUCGUGCCCGAAAGAUGAGUUCGUUACAGGUGUCCAAGAUAUUAUUUCAACCUUGAAUCAACUCGCAAAUCGAAUUUCACAGGGUUCUGGCUUUUCAGGCGCCUUGCAUAACCAACAGAUCUCAAAGAAGGGUCUACGAUUAAUUAUAUCCCUAUAUACUAUUCUUUAUCAAUCGAUAAUCCUCACUCUACGACCGAUUGUUCUGCAUUUGACAAAGGCGAUUCUCAGUGGCGAGAUUACAUUUUCAGAUAGUGGUAGCUCGUUCCAACAAUUAACCUGCACCUGCAUAGAGGCUGCUCGUCGGUCACUGGAACUCAUGGUACUGGCGCAAAAGGAGGACAUGAUAGCCAAAUUUGGCUUCUUUGAUCUCGAUACUAUCUUCUCCGCAGGAUUCAUCAUGCUUCUUGCUGCGAUGAUCGAAUCGACAAAUAAUACCCGAGCCCAACACUUGGCAUUUUUGAAGCCAAGCCCUGGAAUCUCCGAAUGCUUGCAGCUUCUCGAUUUUCUGGCUGGAUAUCAUAACCAAGCAGCCAAGGCUCGCCGGGACCAGAUCCAACGACUCUACGACCACAUUCCGGCAUUAGUCGAAACAUUACACGCGGAAGUGGGACAUGGUGAUGCCAACGGACAGUCGCCUCUUGCUUUGUCGGGUCAAGCCAUGCCGACACCUCACUCCACUGGCGAUAAUGAUCCUAUUCAAUCCCUCCCGGCCUACACUAAUACAUGGGAUUUUGCAAGUGGCGGGGAUAUGGGGGACGGGUAUACAUCGGCCUCUUUACCGAUGCCGUUUCCAUCCGACGCUCACAUGAUGUACUCCUUAUAUCAAGGGAAUGACUUUGUUUUGACGGGUGCGGAUGUGGCCGAUUUUGAGGAGCUACAACGGCAUUUGCUAGGAUCUGAUAUUGCUUUUUGA